AAUUCUACUCAUGUAUAAUUUGUACAGCCAUGUAAAUAUCACAUUACAUUUUACAUCGGUUAUUAUUUCCCAGUUUUUCCGUGGAAGGAUUGAAGUUAGCCACUAAUCUAGUUUGAAAGUGACAAUAUGGCCGAGGCACAGACAACCUCAAGCACUACUGGAGGUGGAGGUGGAGGUUCAGGAGAUGAAAGUUAUCACGCAAGGGAACAAGAGAAAUUUUUGCCAACUGCAAAUAUCGCAAGAAUCAUGAAAAAGGCUCUACCCCCAAACGCAAAGAUAGCGAAAGACGGCAAGGAUACCGUUCAAGAGUGUGUUUCAGAAUUUGUUAGUUUUAUUACUUCAGAAGCUAGUGAUAAAUGUCAACGUGAAAAACGCAAGACUAUCAAUGGCGACGAUAUUCUAUGGGCAAUGAAUACUUUGGGUUUUGACAACUAUGUAGAGCCUCUCAAAAUCUAUUUGGCGAGAUAUAGGGAAGCUAUGUCUGCAGAGAAAGGUGAAGAAGGCCGUUCGCGUAGGGCAGCUAGUGAAGAUGGCUCCUCAUCACCUUGAAGACGGCAGUUGAUGAGAUACAAAACAAAUAGUCUGUAGUAUGGAGGGAUAAUUUGUCUAUACGUAGUGGAUAAGGUAGAAGUUCCUUAGAAGAGUAUGGUGAAAAUAGGAGCUUGCUCAAAAAGUUAAUAGAAAAUACGCAACAAGUGCACUAUAUUUAGUUUGUUUUACCACACUGUCUUUGGUGGGUCAUAAAGCUAUUCAAAACAACUAUUCGAAAUAAGGUGCAGUGACUUGUUCA